AUGUCAUUAUCGAAACAGUUCACUGCGCUGGAAUCUGCGAGUGUUGAGAGUGUCAUCUGGUCUUUUGAUUUGGCCCUCAAUCUGAUCACGGAGGCGGAGGAUGUGAAGAGGUUUGAAUCGUUGGGAACUUUCUUGAGUCAGAAUCAAGAAGUGUUGCUUAAACCUGGAUUCUUUGGAUCAACUGUGGACUCGGUUCCUACGGGCGAUUCGUUCACAUUGAGAUCAGCAACUUAUAAAACGUCCGAAACAAAUAGGAAGGAUGCAGCUGAGUUGGCAAAGCUAUUGCACUUCAACGAAAAAGAGGUUCUACGUGUGAUCUCCCAAAUUACUGCUCGUAUUCCAGAGCCUUCUACUGAGAAGAAAGAGAAAGCCCAGAUUGCUGCAGACAAAGCUGAGAGACAACAGUUGUAUCUCAAUGGCGUUCUCAAGGAGAGACGUAUUAUCUACAAACUUGUUAGACAUAUAUUGACCAACGAUUCGCAUCCUGUCAUUGGUGAUAAAUACUCCUCGCAAUUGCUUGAAAGUCCUCAGUAUAUAAGCGAUGUUAUAAGCACAUUGGACAUUCUCAUGAAGUCGCUGGAAUCGCCUGCAAUUGAGGAAACAAUUCUAACAGAGAAUCUUUAUUCUAUUGUGGAGUUACUCAAAGUGUUAUCCACCCUACUUUUGAGGGUUAGUACAACGCCAAAGAAUGUGAUUCUGUGGUUCAAUCUUUGGAGAAGCCAUGAGUAUUUCACUACUUAUAAAGAUUGUGUAAGAGCUGAACUGUAUAACGAGAUUACGAGUUUGGUAUCUGUGACAUCUCUGCUCUUCUUUGGAUUAAACACAAGCGACGACUGUAUUGACGUUGAAAGUCCAUACCUGUCUGAUUCUCAAGCUGUCAAGUCAAUUCAUGACCUGGUUGUAUCAGCUCCCCAUGAUCCACUUGUUCUUUACACUUGGGGUUUGCUUCUUUUCACGCUCCCUGAAAUUUCCAGAAGUGCAUUCACCGGUGACGAGGAUCCUGAAUUAUUGGCCAAGUCCCUCACUGCAAAAGCUGCGGAACUUGAUAUUUUCGGAUACAUCACAAACAGUUUCAACAUACUCAAGUACGAUUCCCUUUACCCUGCCGUUAUUGCUUCGUUUUUGAUAUGCACUGUGCCGUUUGUUCAAUUCACUGAUAAAACAACGAGAACUUAUCUUGCCGUGUUAAAAGAAUCACCGAAUAUCUUUGUUGAGCGAUUCUUUGAAAAUUCAAGCACACAGAAACAUAUCUACAUCCUCAGGGCAAAAUUCCCUCAGAUCAUUGCCCCAUAUCUGAGAAUACUAUCGAUGAAUGGUGGCUAUGCACAUUCUCAGCUCUCUAAUAUGUGUACUUAUAUGUGCGUUGGAACGUCGGGUAUUGGAUACAAGAGCGACUUGGAGUCCGACAAAAUCAUACUCACUUCAGAGCUGUUCAUUAACCCACCAUAUGAACAAAGCCCUGAUGUAUUACUUCAGGUACAAGUAGGGACUGAAGGUCGUCUUCUUCCAACAGCUGAUCAAAAUACAGAAGCGGUAAUUUUGAAUUACAACUAUAAUGGUUGGUCCUUAGUGGGAAGAAUCUUACAAAAUAUCAUUCCAAGUUCAGACCACGAGGAUCUCUUGUUAACUAUUUUGGAGCUCAUUUCAAAUUCCCUUGCAGUUGCCGACAUUGACUCUACUUCAGAAAUCUUGGAAAACCUAUCUUCAUACUUGGAUGACUCUGAUAUUCUUGACGUACUGUUGAAACUCUUCGAAACUGCUUUGCAUCAGAGAAACGUUUUACUAUCAACAAAGCUUGUGGAUAUAUUGAUUGCUUUGGUUGACACAUAUCCUCAGAUUGUAUGGUCACAUCUUGUUCGUUCAGAUUUGCUUGAGCAUGGUGGAAGAGGGGGUUUGAUUGGAACAAUUCUUGGAAGCGUUGAGACAAUUACCGGAAAUUACGAAUUUACAAUCAACUGUCUGAGAUUAUUUAACAAGCUGAUAACUAGCAGUGUCCUAUGCUCCGAUGGUUUGGAUUCUCAUAGAGUUGAGGUCAUUCCAAAGUUCACAACACAUGCAAGUCAAGUCUUUGAGAGUUUUAUGUACUGGAGCUUCAAAUAUGAAUACCAGAAGUUUGAAAUCGGUACAUUAAUCAUUGAGGUGUUCUCAAAGAUCCUCUUGCUUGUUUACGGUAUAGCUCCAGAUGUUGAACCUUCAAAGAAAGUCACGUCUACACUUGCAGUUUCUGCCAGAAGAAUACUCACCUCCUUCACUGUAUCAUUGUCUGAUGUGAGAAUUAUAACACCAUUGAUCGUCGCUAUCGAAUCCUUAAACGCGAACCCAACCAUUUAUAAUACUAGUGGUAGAGUUGGAUAUUGGCUGACUCAAUGGACUAUCAUGUGUGCCGAUUUUGCCAGGGUCUUGGUUUCUUUGCGCUCAAAUAUUCGUGAUACUUCAUCAACUCUGGAGAAGAAUUUAUUCGCAAAAUCGAGAGAUCUGGUGAUGAUUUAUAGCAAGCACUACUCUUUACGAGUUCCCGUCUUGCAACUUCUUACUCAGCUUGUCUCAGCAAAAUGGAGCUCAGAUGUCCCAUCACUAAUAUCGUACAUGGGAGAUUACUACACCGACGUUCUAUUGUCGGCUAUUUCCCUAGACUUACAGUUCCUCUAUGAUGACUUCAAAACGAAGAAGUAUAUCUACUUGUUUUUCUCUUCUGUCAUUGAGGGACAUCAAAAGGGUCUUGCAAUGAGGUUCUUGAAUGGUCGUGAUAUGAAGAACACUGAAAAACAACAGAAAACGCUUUUGGGUCUCCUCAAAGUGGACCUGAAAAAUCUGGACUACUACCCAGAAUGGCUCAGUAUCCAUCUUGUGGAUUCUAUUGCAUGUGCCUAUAACACUUGGUCACUCAAAGGUGCUGAUAGUAAUGAAGAUGCCAGUUUCAUCAAAACUUUAGUUCCAAAGUUAUCUACCGUGGACAUGGAUCUAAAGAACGAAGUCGAUAGUGGUAAAGUUGUCGAAGGUUGUUACAAACAAAAAUUAAAUUCAAGAGUGGCUGAAAUAUGUGCUUUGAUCAUAUAUUCCUCCACAGCUGACUCGAUGACAAAACCAAUUUUUGACUUCUUGAAUUCAAAUGACAUUUUAAAGCUCACUGCUCCUUUAUACAGCACAUUCGAUUACAACAGAGAUCUGCAUAAGAACCUUUCUGCAGACUUCAAUGCCAAAUGGCCAGCUUAUACCUUACCACAAUUUGUCCGUUCUCCUUUGACUGUGAGAUCGAGAUAUGGUGAUGAUGCCGUCUACGAUUUAAGACUGUUGGAUGUACUACUUGGUGAUGAUCCCCACUGGAUUGGUACGGGAAUCACAGAAGGAAUGAGAGACCAAGUCAUAUCAGCAAGUUUGAAUUUCCAAUAUGUCACAUCUCAAAUCAGUGCAGCAAAGUCCUGGGGUGCUUUGAUGACUUCAUAUUUGAAGAAAGUCCCUAUCACAUCAACAUUCAGUAAGAUCGCUGCUAGAUUGUUACAAGCUAAUGUUAAAGAAGAUAGUGAUGUAUCUAUUUUUACAGAAGUGAGACGUAUUCGACUGGAAUUGUCCUUUUUCUUUCUGUAUUCUCUGACACAGAAAACCUCCAUUUCUGACCAGGAGAUUGAAGAACUACUGAGACUAUCCAUUGAAUUGAUUGUUUCACAUGACGCUGACUUCUUGCAGGGCGUGUCUUCGCAGCGCUCUGAUGUCUAUAGACCUCUCUUGAGAAUCAUCUCGAAUCUGCUUUCUCAUGGAAAGGCGAAUUCAAGAAUAUCCGAGAAUCUUUUCUCAGAGCUUUUGGGAUUCUCAGAGCUCGUCAUUGCGAAAGGUACAACUGUGCUGCUGGAAGCUAUCCAGACAGGAACAGAUUCUGUUGACAUUGGUGGAAGGAUUGAAGAUCUCUUGUUAAUCAUGUCAAUCUUCAAGGAAUUAAUCGCUACCAAACCUUGUUCUAAUUUCUUGACUAAGUUGUCCACUCUUUUUGUUGAUUUCAAUACUCUAAAAUCGAUACUCAAUGUGUACUCAAAUGCUCACACGUUGAAAGUUGGUAAUGAUUCCGUGUUUGCAGAAAUAUCUCUCACAUACAUCAUCGAACUCAUUUCGGUCGAUGUGAUUGCGGAACAAUUAAUCACCACCGGGCUCUUCUCGACACUAAUUCAAAGUCCACUUUCUAUGGUUAUUCAAGAAGGAUCGAUUUUUGUUCACGUGUCUCCAAAGCUGCAUAACAUUUGGACCAACGGAUUGAUGCCUAUCAUAUUGAUCUUGCUGAACAACUUUGGUGUUAGAUUGUUGCCAGAGAUAAGCACAUUUGUGAACCAGUUCUCCAAACAAUUCACUACAACUAUACAAUCUUGGUCUCAGGAUUCUGUUGCCAUCACUAUGCCAGCAUUACAGGAAACCGAACAAAUAAUUGUUCUUCAAAAAGCGCUGGUUGGUUUGUACAGGGAAUUUGCACAGACGCAUCCUGGUGGAUUGUCAGAACCCGUUGAAAUAAUUGCGGCUAUUGAUUCAGCGGAAAGCCGUGCUGCUUUGGACAAGUCACUGAAACAUUUACUUGCACACCCAAAGUAUCUUACUUCAAGAGUUGUUCCAACUUCUUUGGAAGAACAAAAGCUGUUUGAGGGUGAUGAUAAGGUUAGAACUAAAUUGGUUCAAGAGAUUGUCUCUCAAACCAAUGGAAUCCAGGAUCUACUUGCAGAAUAA